AUGGUUCACUCAACGGGCGAGGAACGCGCUGUACAUUUGACUCGGGAGGCUGUUGAGUUAGUCGAUGCCGGUCAUCGGGAGGCCGCCUCUCGCAAUCUCCGAGAAGCUUUGUCCUUAGCGCCAGAAAAUCCGACAGUCAAAGCCGCCUUUCUGAAAAUCCAACAAGACGAGGAAAAUGGACACCAUUUGUUAGAUCUCUGUCGCCGCUACACGUCCCGCAAGGACGAAACCGCCGGCAAGGAUGCCGCCCUAUACCUUCGCACAGACGGUCUGAAGCCGCCGGAAGAAGUCGCCCUAGAAUGUGUCAAGCUAUUGCUGGCUCAACACCCCCACGGCCUGUCCUCGAUGCAGGAUGACAUUAUCUCGGGCUUGGUACGACAGAAUAAGAGCGUGCGACAGUUCUUUGCCAGUCGACUUCAGGUGUCGGUGACCACUUUUUUCGAUGAGAUCUACGAUCGCGGAGAUGGCGCGGCCGUGUGUCUGGACACCGUCGUCUUGGACCAUUCUGUCUGGCCGACAGAAAAUACCCGCCUCCACUGUGAGCGCGAACUUUUCCAGCUGUUCAUUGCCAAGCUCAUGGAAUCGGGUCACGAUUUGGACGGUCGCUCCCUGAAAGGCAUUGCGCGACUGCUUGCAGUUGAUGCGCCGAAAUUGCAGGACCUGGUGGAUGAUGAGGGAUUGGACGUGGUCCUGUCUUCGCUCGAUCACCGGCUUCCGCUUGAUCUGAGGAGCCAAGCGACUCUGGCCACGGUCAAGUACCUCGAGGCGUCCAAGGAUACGGGGGAGAGGCGAUUCUCGCAGCUGGUGACUGCAAAGCUGAGCAAGGCUCGUCCAGACGACUUGAUCGUUGCUUUCUCGGCUACGGCUGCGGUCUUCCCCGUCGUACCGGAAGUUGCAGCCACUCUUUUCCUGUCCGAUAAGUUCAUGGCGUCGUUGGCGCCUAUGACUGCUAGAGACCCGAAACGUCGGCGGGUGGAGGUCUCGGUGCUGGAAUUAUUCAAUGCGGCAUGCAUCAACAAGGCAUGUCGGGAGGCCAUCUCCAAGAACUUUUCGGACUGGCUCUCUCAUGUACUAUCGAAUGGCACUGACCAGGCAUCCGAAUUGGCGGCAGUGGUUCUGGCGAAAAUCCGGGCAUCCGAGAAGGAUACCUCGGAAACAAAUGGUAAGGCUCUGGGAGAUGAGACCAGAGUCCCUGAGUUGGUUGAUCGGUUUAAGGAACUGAUGUCAAAACGAAAGGGUGAAAAUCUUCAGGCCGUAGUUGAAGGUCUGGCGUACUCUUCUGUCAAACCUGCUGUGAAAGAGCAGAUUGCAAAAGACCCUGUCUUUCUACGAGACCUGAUCCGCGUUUUACACGAAAACCUGGUUGAUUCGUCGGUGCUCUACGGGGGCCUCAUGAUUUUCGUGAAUAUCACCCAGUUCCUCCCGAACUUAACCGAAGAGCAAAAGAAGAUGUCCCAACUCAAAUCCUACGCCGAAGCUUCUCCGGACGCGCGAUCCGGGCCUGACCCUCUCGCGAGUGAUGAGAAAGUUAUUGCUCGCUGCACCGCGCUCGUCAACGCUGGUAUCAUGCCUCUGUUGGUGGAAUGUGGCAAAACCGGCAUGCCCUCGAUUCAAGGUCUUAUCAGUAAGAUCAUGUUGUCUCUGUCUCGAGACCGUAAGUCACGAGGCGUCCUCGCUCAGAAGGGCGCGGUCAAGCUGCUGCUCAGCAUCGGGACCCCGAGACAGGGGAGCUCUGGUUCAUUUUCGAAUGACGCAGUCCAGAACGCCUCGCAUGCCCUGGCUCGUAUCCUCAUCUCGGUCAAUCCUGUUCACGUCUUUCCGCCGUCCGGCUUUCCCCCGAUCACGUCCGCGAUCCGGCCUUUGACCGCGCUGCUGGCGGAGCCGGAAGCUACUAGUGUAUCGGCGGAGCAGCCACGCGAUCUCUUGCCGGUCUUCGAGACCCUUCUUGCACUUACCAAUCUGGCCUCAUAUCCGGACGAGAGCGCCGCAGAAGCGAUUGUCCGUCAGGCUUGGUCGACGGUGGAGGAUCUUCUGCUGUCUAAUAGCCCUCUUAUUCAACGAGCUGCCUGCGAGCUGGUUUGCAAUCUGAUGACGUGCGAGUCGGGAGUUGCGAAGUAUGCCGACGGCUCUAAGCGGGCAGCUCAACGUUUGCACGUCCUCCUGGCUCUGACGGAUUCCGACGAUGUGCCCACCAGACUAGCGGCUGGAGGUGGUCUGGCCAUGUUGACGGAAUUUGAUGCAGCUGUGGCCGCCAUUCUCGAGCGCCCUCGCGGAGUUCAGUUGCUACUGGGGCUCUGUCAAGAAGACGACGAAGGGCUGGUCCAUCGUGGGGUUGCAUGCGUGCGGAAUUUGGCCUCGGUUGCGUCCGGCGAUAUCGGUCGACGUGCUAGAGAAGCUGUCAAGGCUCAGGGGGGCGUUGACAUCCUGACUAAAGUGUUGAAGCAGUCGAAGAACACGGCUAUACUUCAGACGGGGGUGGAAGCUUUGAAGCCCUUGGUGGAGUGA